AUGAAUUUAGCGCUCGUGUCCGGCGAGAAGACGAACUUCCAGUUCAUCUUGCGUCUUCUCAACACCAACGUCGAUGGAAAGCAGAAGAUUAUGUACGCCUUGACCAAGAUCAAGGGUGUGGGCCGCCGAUACUCCAACUUGGUCUGCAAGAAGGCCGAUGUCGAUUUGAAUAAGCGUGCCGGAGAAAUCACCACCGAAGAACUCGAACGCAUCGUCACCAUCAUCCAGAAUCCCACCCAGUACAAGAUCCCCACCUGGUUCCUCAAUCGUCAGCGCGACAUCACCGAUGGCAAGGACUCCCAGGUCCUCGCCAACAACAUGGACUCCAAGCUCCGUGAAGAUCUCGAGCGCUUGAAGAAGAUCCGUGCCCACAGAGGUCUCCGUCACUACUGGGGUCUCCGCGUCAGGGGUCAACACACCAAGACCACCGGCCGCAGAGGACGUACCGUCGGUGUCAGCAAGAAGAAGGGAUAA